CUAGGGCCGGCUGGCUACCACUGCCCCCUGCUCUGCCUCCCAGGCCUCCUGGUUCACAGGUUUCCCAUCACAUCACAAAUGCUGAACCAAAUGCUCCUCUUAAAUCAAGCUACCAAGACUUCAGACUUGAAGAACAGAUGGAGCAAGAAUCUGAGACCGAAUUACAUUUGCUAACCACCAGAACUUCAUCGCAGGGAGAAGAAAGCAGCCCAGUAAAAAAGGAGGUUUUGCUUACUCAGCCACCCUCAAAACCAAUCCGCAGAAAAUUCCGACCUGAAGGCCAGAUGCUGGAGAAUCCGGAACUUUCUCCCACUAAAAGUGUGGCAUCUUCCUUGGUUGCCAUCAAGCCCCAUCACUCAAUCUCAAAACAGUCAUCAAAACAGAAGAAAGCUAUUCAGACAGCUAUUCGAAAAAACAAAGAAGCCAAUGCAGUUCUCGCUAGGUUAAACAGUGAACUCCAGCAGCAGCUAAAGGAAGUUCACAAAGAACGAACUGCCUUGGAGACCCAGUUGGAGCAGCUCCGACCUGUCACUGUUUUAUGACAGUCCGCACCAGAACAUUUAUGCCAGGAAUCCUAGACUAUAUCAGCGUCACAUAUUGGCAUAAUAUCUUUGCAAAGGCAACAUCAUGAGGGAACAAUAAUGGCCAGAUUUCUUUUGCAUUUUUUUGUACCAGUUUAUCUUGCAGGUGGAAAAAGGUACACAGUCUGAAUGUUAAACCUCAUGCCUAUGAAAUCAGGAAUGAAACAGUCAGAAACCAUCUCUGUCAUUACCAUUUUGUUAUUUAUUUCUCUUAUUUUUGAUUUAUAUGCAGGGUUUUUUUUGGCAGGGGACUUUCAGAAAAUUUGUUUAUAUAUAAAUUUAUACUGGAAAGUCAUUCCAUAAAUGCCUGCAGUUUUUCAAGGUCUCUCUAGUUUUAGGAUAAUUUUAAGUAGCAUCUUCAGAAAUCUGUAUGCUUUAUGUACCUUAUUGAUAACGUAAGUGCAGUGCCUCACUAUGAAGGUAUGACAUACACAUUCUUUCCUCUAAAAGCUGUCCCAAUUCCCUGGCUCCCUGCCUAUGUUAUCCAUCAGUACACCUAUGUCCUUCUCCAUUAGUUGCCAUUGGUGUUGACAGGAAUGGGGUGACUCAAGAUUCACUAUCUGGAUCAGGGCCCUUUGUUGCUGUUCUGAUUGGAUGCAAAGUUUUGCAUGUUAAAACACUAAAAAGCCAUGUUGUGAUAUGAGGCACAUUUAUCCCUGUAGCUUAAGUUCAUAGGGUUAAUCUGUUUGCAUUGGCAUUUGCAAUGCCUUGGCUCUGGCAUUCAUUUGGUGCUCUCCAUGCUGUUGCAGUAUGCAACCUUGUUAUCUUGAGAGUGAUCAAAUGCAGGGCUUAUGCUGCUAUUGAUAGAGAACAUCCUCCCCCCCACAGCAUGCUGAUACAAUUGUGUUCUCUAUCAGCAUGGCUGGCUUUGUGAAUUGUGCCCCAAUGCAGUAUUUUAUAUUUUACAGAGUAAAUGCUAUCAAGUAAUGCAAAAUUUAAAUCUAAACCUUAGACACCUACUGGUUAUGACAAUUGCAUUUUUGAUUGCUUGUUCUGUAAGAUAUAACCAACAAGGAAAGUUGGCAGUCAGAAUUCCCUCUAUGCUAUCUGUCAGUAAAAAACAUAUUUACUUGAAAAACUGUACUUUCUUUAUGUCCUGAAAACUGAAAUUCUCCCUAUGAAGUCCCCAUGUUCAGUUACCACAGUUGGUCCUAGGAAGUCCUACUGAACUCAGUGUGACUUCAUUUGGGUAAGCAGACAUAAAGUUUUGUUUGUAUACUGCCUUAAUAGUUUGUCUAACUUUGGAUUCUACCCAAAAUAUAUAAUACUUUUUUAUUGGCAUAUGGAGACUAUUCUGAUAAUAAGCAAAAUAUAUAUUCUGGCUAGUCUUAACAUUUAUACAGUUUGGCAUUCUUCAUAGGUUAUUGUGCAUCAUCACAAAAUGUAGCAUUCAUAUCACAUCAUCCAUAAUUCCUCCCUUUCUUUAAAAUAUUCCAUAUUUCACUAUUCUUCUUUUGCAAGUAUAAAUCCAGAAAUCAGAAGAUGUUACUAAUUACUACUAGAUUGGCAAAGAAGGCCUGUGAGAUUCACUGCUUCAGUUUUCAUAUAACAAAAGUCUUAAUUGUUUUGAUAAAAGCAUAAUUACUUGAGAUUGAAUUUAACCAUGAGAGUAAAUGUUUUAGGAUAGACUCACAGCAUCUAAAUCUUGUGUUGCAAAAAUUUUGCAUUUGUAAUAUGGCUAUAGGCUGAACUAUGGGGACUUUUAAAGGAAAAUGAUAUGCAUUACUGAAACAAUAUCAAAUUUGGGGUUUAUGUAAAGUUUCACAUAAAUGUGUAGUGUGAACUUCAUCAAUGCAAAUAUUUAAAGCUGGCAAGAAGCAAUGUUUUGGCUAACGGUUAUAAAAUGUAUUUGAAGAGAAGUCUGGAAGUAUAAAAGAAAACUAUCUAAAAUGACCACAUUAAGUCUGUUUCAAAGUCAGGUAUAUAAAAAAAUUACAUGGUUGGGUAUUUCACAUCUAUUUAUAAUCAUUUUCUGUAGUCAGUACCAAAAAUAAUGAUGACCUAUGAUAAUAUACCUAUCAUGUUUAGAAAUAAUCUCAUUCCAUUUUUAUGUUAGUUACUCUAUUGAGAAUCUAUGGCCAAUUCCGCACAUGCAGAAUAAUGCACUUUCAAACUGUUUUCAAUGCUCUUUGAAGCUGUGCAGAAUAGCAAAAUCCACUUGCAAACAGUUCUGAAAGUGGAUUGAAAACACAUUAUUCUGCGUAUGCAGAAGGGGCCCAUAUUUCAAAUAUCCUAUUCAAUUGCUGCAGUAAUUGUUAGAGUUAAACAUUAUUGUAUCUUUAUACCCCAUUUUCCUGCUAAAUGGCAUUCAGUGAAACUCUGUCACUCUGUUCUGUCUACACAGGCUGGCAGUGCUCUUUCCGAUUCCUGCUGCCAGAAAUUUAUAGGGGGAGUAGCCAAGGUUUCAACAUGGGUCCCUAUGCAUUGGAAUACACAUCACAAACCAAUAACUGUAGCUCCUCUGCAGAUAUUAAUAUGCUCAAGAAAGGUUUGGUGAGCUUAGAUAUAUUUUAAAAUUCCUUGAAAUUCUUUGGAACAAUAUCCAUAAUUUUAAUUAAGAAACCUAUUCCAGUAUAAACAGCGUAAACUUUAGGGAGACUUCUCAUCAAAUUGAUUGCACUUGAUUUCUUGCAAGUCAAAAAGAGUUGGUGAUACACAAUUUUUAAGCUACUGAAGUAUGAGAGAGUGCUGAUGGAAGAAGAACUCUAAUUUUAAGAUCAGAUUAGGUUCUAAUGGAAGCCUUUUCUUUCCUUAGUGGGAGAAGAGUUAUAAGUGUUCCAGAGGGCCAAGAACUGAAUAGUAACCUAAUUACACUGGUUCCCCAAUUAUGCAUUCAGGACCCAUUGUUGAAAGAAUAUUAUUAAAAAGCCUUAAUUUUUGGUGUUGGCCGUACAGAGUCUACUUAGAGCCUGUUUUGAUAUGUAUUUGAGCAGCAUAUGGGAAACUGUACUAAAGGAAGGAGAGACUUGCUAUCUUUGUUCAGAGUAAAGUCUUCUUGCAUCUGCUGCCAUCACAAACAAUGGGUUGUGUUUAGAAAACGCACAGGACGCAGAUUUAAUGUCUGCUCAUGAGACUGUUUUGGUCAUAUUUAUAAAUAAACAGAAAAUAAUUUCUGGCUUUGGGGUUUGCCCCCAAAAGUGAACCUCUUCGCAAAACAUGGAAAGCACUUGUGAAAACUUCAAUUCUUGAAAAGCCUUAGGAAGGAAGUGCCGUUCAUUUAACACUGCCAGAUCUCUAGUCUUCAACACAGGCUCUCACACAUACUGAAAGAAAUAUUUUGCGGGAUAUAAAACAGAUUAGGAACUAGUAAUAACAAUCCUCUUGUAUUCUACAAAAUAAGAUAAAAUGUAUUUUGUUAAAACAUGAUUAUCUCAAGUGAUAAAGACAAAAAGAAAUUAUAUAUUUGGAGUUUCCCUUGUUCUCUUGUUUGCAUAAAAAGCAAAUAAAUUGUAUGUUUAUGUUUUA